UGCAGGAGCGGGGCGGCCGGGCUGCGGUUCCCCCGACGGCCGCGGCAGCAGCGAGGGCGAGGGGCGAGGGGCCGGAGGCAAGGCCGAGAGGGUCAGGUCGGGGCGAGAGCCAAGCCCCCCCCAUCCAUGGCCCCAGCCGCCGGCGACUCUGGGGCAGGAAGCUCUGUGCAGGGGAGGACUUGGCCCGGGGAGAAAUGAGCCCCCGGGGAGAAGGGGAGAGAAGGCGUCCCCACCCACGCCUGCCCUGCGCCUCUUCCCAGCCUGGGAGACCUCGGCCGCCUGGGAGGGGUCUGUGCCCGCCCACAGCCGGCCUCCGAGGUCAGCCCAGGCCAGGGAGACGGUCCUCUGAAAAAUCAGUCUUUCUUUUCCUCUCCAGCCAGAUGGCCCGGCCGCUGUCCACCCCCAGCCCUUCACAAAUGCAAGCCAGGAAGAAACGCAGAGGGAUCAUAGAGAAACGGCGCCGGGACCGCAUCAACAGCAGCCUUUCUGAACUGCGGCGCUUGGUCCCCACUGCCUUUGAGAAGCAGGGCUCCUCCAAGCUGGAGAAAGCCGAGGUCCUGCAGAUGACGGUAGAUCACUUGAAAAUGCUCCACGCCACUGGCGGGACAGGAUUCUUUGAUGCUCGAGCCCUGGCAGUCGACUUCCGGAGCAUCGGUUUUCGGGAGUGCCUUACCGAGGUCGUCAGGUACCUGGGGGUCCUGGAAGGGCCCAGCAGCCGUGCAGACCCGGUGCGGAUUCGCCUUCUCUCCCACCUCAACAGCUAUGCAGCCGAGAUGGAACCUUCACCCACGCCCGCUGGGCCCCUGGCCUUUCCUGCCUGGCCCUGGUCCUUCUUCCAUAGCUGUCCAGGGCUAUCUGCCCCGAGCAGCCAGCUCGCCAUCCUAGGAAGAGUGCCCGGCCCCAUCCUCCCCGGCACCUCCUCUCUGGCUUACCCCAUCCCGGCCUUCAGAACCAGUCCCUUGCGCAGAGCCACUGGCACCAUCCUGCCAGCCCGGAGGAAUUUGCUGCCCAGUCGAGGGGCAUCUUCUACCCGGAGGGCCCGCCCCCCCGAGAGGCCAGCCGCGCCCCUGCCCCCCAGUGGCAGGGCUGCCAGGAGCAGCCACAUGGCACCCCUCCUGCGAUCCUCUUCCCCCGCCCCUCCUGGCAUUGUGGGGUCUCCUGCUUAUGUGGCUGUUCCCGGGUCUUCCCAGGGGGCAGCUGGGAGGCCAGCAGGAGCUGUGCUCUGCCACUCCUGGGUCUCUGAAAUCACUGAAGUCGGGGCUUUCUGAGCUGGCUUUGCCCCCAGGAAUGAGGAGAGUUCUUUUUCCAGGAGCUCUAAAGAUGGCGUUGCCUUUUCUGCUCUGUUUUCCGGACUGGUUCAUAUAUGAAGGUGUCUUCUUCACCCAGCAGAGGCCCCCUUCUCCUUUGGCCCCUCUCCCCUCCUCACUGCUUGUCCCAGCUUCUCCUGGGGCUGUUCUGAUCUCAGAAGCUUGGUCUCAUGUUUUCCCUGGAGAGAUGAGUCCCGGGAGAGCCCCCCAAGAGCUGUACCCAGACCCCUCUCCUGCCCCAGGACACAUGGGCAGUAGGCAUUAAUCUCAGGUUGGGGAACAACGCUUUAACCUAAAAGGCACAAUGACCUAAGACACGCUGCUCCCCUAGAGAUCAGACCCCAGCCAAGAGCAGUGACUGCCUGGCUGCAGCCUUCCCAGGCCCCCAGGGGUCGGAACAUAGUGUCUGUCUCACUUCCUGAGACAGUAACCACACAGGGGCCACAAAGAGGUCUCCUGGGAACCCUGUCUGCCCUAGCCCACCUGUCUCCCGCCCACUGCAGUGAACCCAGAACAGACCUGCUGUCCACCACGGCCAAGGCUGGGGACUGGGAGCCCAGCAGGGCCCGUUCCUGCCCUCUUGCCAGCUGCCGACACCUACCCUCCAGCUGACCAGCAGUUCCCUGCACACAGCUGGGAGGUCUCUGGGCUCCGUGACAGGGUGUACUCACCACCAGGCCUCGGACGGCGUCCCCAGACAGGAGCCAGGCUUGAGCCACAGAGAACCCAGCUCCCUGCCUACCACACGGUCACCGUCCUCCAGGCCUGUGGUCCCGUCAGAUGCACAGUGCGGAGGCCGUGUUCCCACGUGAUGGCGCCCCGAGAGGAAUCCUCUUGGGAUUCAGCACCAGACGUUUGUGCUGCCUGUUUUGCAUCCGACUCACGGGGCCCAGACUGCUGGGACCGCCAAGGGCUGUCAGGCUGGACGAAAAUAACUGCGAGGAGGGGCGAGAGGAAGGACAGUCAGAGGCGGCUCAGCCCUUCAAGGUCACACAGUGGGUCGAGGGCCUGAGAUCCUGUUCACCCGGGAUUCCACGCGGCUGGCUCUGCUCAAAGGCCAUGCAUGGCGUUACCCAGCUUCGGCCCAGGUCACUUUCCCUCUAACAGAGGGAACUAAUGGCCCAGAGACCUUUCCCAGUGGAGCAGCAGGAACUGGACAAGACAGGGGCAGACCAGAAGCGACACACAGCCGGCCCAGUGCUGCCAGAUGGUUGUUAAAAUGUAGAAACACUUCUGUGCUCACUGACAAACCUGCUUUCCCUGAGUGUUCCCACCACAUGGCUUUUCUCCCAGGACCCCGUGCUGGUUAAUGCCCGGCCGACCCAAGGCCGUGGGGCCCUCCAGCUGGCAAGUCGAUGGUGCUUAUUCUGCACUGGUUAUUAAAUGCUUCUGAUGUCACCCCUGGAAGAGUCUCCCACUCUCGUCCUUUGAUGGAGCUACCCUCCCCAGAGGCUGAAUUGAGGAGACUCCAUGAGCCCAAAAAGUAAUGUCUGCAAAAACCCUGGGGAAAAAGGGCCCUUUCAGAGAAGUGGGUAGGAGGGCAGAGAUCAUUUAAAUGACCCAGAAAGCUCUUUUGAGAAGGCAAAUUCCUCAAGGAGGGAUAAAGAACUAAAGUCAUUCUUUUACUCCUCAGUGUGAGGUCGUUGGAUCAGAUAUUGCUCUCCUCCUGGACCCAUCUGCGUGUCCAGCAGGGAGGAGGUGUCAUUUCAGGGAGUGGGUAACUGGCCAGGAGUGCCCCUGAGGCAGACAUAGAUAGAGGGAAAUAGCGAGGGAAGGCAGUCAGCAGGCUCCCAGGAUUUGGGAGGGCGGGCAGAGGGAGGUGGCAGAAGGCAAAGACCAACUUCACUGUUUUCACAAGGGGCGGGAAGAACGGCGCGCCCCACCCCUCCCCCUCCU